AUGGAGAGAUUGGUAUGUGCGGAUGAUGAUAGGAAAGUAGCUUAUCAAUCUAGAAAGGCGAAAGCUUUUUACUCUUGGGAUCAUUAUGAACCUGAAGUCAGAGAUCAUAUAUUAGAUGUGGUCAAGGGACCUUGGUGUAGAUUGGGUUUCGAAGAGAUGUUGAGGGAACAAAGAGGUAUAAAAGGCGUGGUAUGUUCAUGA